AUGAGUUUCUUUAUUCACGCACCUCCAUCCCAUCCUCUCGAACCGCUCUCGCACCUCUGUUUCACCCUCUUGCAUCCCCCUUGCAUUUCUGUCCUAUCCCCCUGCACCUCCGUCCCAUCCUCUUGCACCUCUGGCCCAUCCUCUCGCAUCCCUCUUGCACCUCCGUUCGAUCCUCUCUCACCUCCGUUCGAUCCUCUCGCGCCUCCAUUUGAUCCUCUCUCACCUCUGUUCGAUCCUCUCGCACCUCCAUUUGAUCCUCUCUCACCUCCGUUCGAUCCUCUCGCACCUCCAUUCGAUCCUCUUGCACCCCUCGCACACCUCCAUUUGAUCCUAUCGCACCCUCUUGCACCCUCUUGCACCUCCGUCCCAUCCUCUUGCACCUCCAUUUGA